AUGGCGCUGUACGUUGAUAGCUUUCAGCCUUUGCUCAAAAUCAUCUCAGAUGAAAUUAGUAUAAAACACAACAUAGUGUUAAAAGGACUGGCUCUUUUUGGGUUAUUUUAUGUUACUAAAAAGUCAGCUCAAUUAGGCUACGAGUUAAUUUCAUCAUUUAAAACCUAUGCUGUGUCGAGAAUCUUCAAAAAAUCUCUGAAAGAAUCAGGAGAUUGGGCAGUGGUGAUCAUAUGUGAUGAGUUGGGGUCUGAAUUUGCCUACCUACUAGCUGAACAAGAAAUCAACCUAAUUUUGAUUGAUCAUCACCCAAGAAUUCAUGAACUCCAAAUAACAUUAGAAAAUAGGUUUAAAAUAAAAUGUGAGAAGAUAUUAUUUUCCACAAGCGAUGUACAGCUGGCAGCCCAUGAUCUGGUAGUUCAUUCAAUGGGAAAGAACUGCUGUGCACUUGGUUAG